AUGCAUUCUUCAACAUCAAACAUUACUGUGUUUUCUAUCAUCGCGUUACUUAUCUCGCCAUUGCCCUCAAUAGUAGCAACAACUUCACAUGGCGACCAAGAUAAUUCAAGUUUUCUACAACAAGUUUGUUCAAAACUGGGUCUCAACGAAGAUCAAUGUUGCAAGUUGAGUAAAGUCAGCUCGUUUGCUGGAUACGCAGCAGCAGCAGCAGCUUUUGGUACAGUUGGUAUUCCUGCUCUGCUCGCCUAUAUGGGUUUCACUGCAACUGGCAUUACUGCUGGGUCGUGGGCUGCAUGGUAUCAAUCAACAUAUGCAAUUGGAACUGCCUUUUCAUGGCUGCAAAGUGUCUCAAUGACAGGCAUAGUUGCAUCGGCUGUAACAAAAACAGGUGUGGUGGUGGUUGGCAUCAAAAGUUAUUUUUUCAGUAGUGAUUGUAAGAAGAAAUCAACAGCAGAUGAUGAAUGUCGAAAAAAAUAA